AUGUCCUCCUCCAACGAGCAGCCUGACAGCGUGUCAAGCGUUAGCGCUGGUAUCGCUCAGAUCACCAUCGACAGAGCUGUGGACAACGCUGUCCCGAACAGCGACGCUACCGCUCCCGCGCCUUCCACGCAUGACGCUAUCAAACCGCUCGCUACCAAGUCUGUCGCUAUGUCGUCCAAAGCUGCCAAUGCUUCCAAGAAGACCGAGCCCGAGUUGACCGACGCCGAACUCCGCCGGCUCACUAUGUUCUUGCUUCGCAAACUGGACGAGAAGAUCUCAAAUCUCUAUCACGUCUGGGGAUGGACCGACAUUUUCAAGGACUGUGAUGAUCACGUCAUCGAUAAUGCCAAUGUCCUACUAUGCUGGGCUCACCAACUGCGCGAUUUGAUCGUCGAGCGAGACCCGGAGCUCAAAUCGGACAUGCAGUACUGGCGCGACCAUCAGUUCCGCGCCUGCGGCGAAUGGUGCCGCAGCGAUUCUAUCCGCGACGCAGCCGCCAAAAAGCCGGAAGAGGAGCCUGAAGAAGUGUUAUGGUACGAUGAUGACUAG